AGCAGAAGUAGAAGGGUGUCAUCACCGGUGAGGCGAAAAGAAAAAUUGUCAGAUGGCUACGAAAUAGCCUGAAAUGCGAAAUGAGGCUUGUUCGAUUUAGUAGUCGUUGCAUUUUUUCCACGUGACACCUAAAGGGUCUGGGGCGCAGAGGGAGAAGACGGAGACGAAAGAUGUCGGACGUCGGAAGCGCUGACAGUUUUAAGCAGCUGAAUAAAUUUGAGAAACUGACAGGCAGGCCGCCGCACAGAGGAACAUUAGCAGGUCCUCCAACUCCUCCUGCUCGCAGUGGGCAUCGCUGUGUGGCUGACAACACUAACCUGUAUGUGUUCGGGGGUUACAACCCCGACUAUGAUGAGUCAGGAGGCUCAGAAAAUGAAGACUAUCCUCUAUUCAGGGAGCUUUGGCGGUACCAUUUUGCCACUGGCUGCUGGCAGCAAAUUCGAACGGAGGGGUACAUGCCGACUGAGUUGGCAUCUAUGUCAGCUGUUUUGCACGGUAACAACCUUCUGGUGUUCGGAGGCACAGGGAUCCCCUUUGGGGAAAAUAAUGGCAAUGACGUUCACGUCUGUAAUGUGAAGUACAAGCGAUGGUCGCUGCUCAACUGUCGAGGGAAGAAGCCAAACCGAAUAUACGGACAGGCAAUGGUCAUUAUAAAUGGGUUCCUAUAUGUAUUUGGUGGAACGACGGGCUACAUCUACAGCACAGACCUGCACAGACUGGACCUGACCACCAGGGAAUGGAUCCACCUCAAACCCAACAACCCGCCUGACGACCUGCCUGAAGAAAGAUACAGACAUGAAAUAGCACACGAUGGACAGAGGAUCUAUAUUCUGGGAGGUGGAACUUCCUGGACAUCAUAUCCUCUGGACAGGAUGCACGCUUACAAUCUGGAGACAAACUCUUGGGAGGAAAUCACAACGAAACCUCAUGAGAAAAUAGGAUACCCCGCUCCUCGACGAUGCCAUAGCUGUGUACAAAUACGUAAUGAUGUGUUUAUCUGUGGAGGCUACAAUGGGGAGCUGAUACUAGCUGAUCUGUGGAAGCUAAACCUGCAAACUUUCCAGUGGAGCAAACUACCAGCAGAGAUGCCUGAGCCAGCAUACUUUCACUGUGCUGCUGUCACUCCAGCUGGCUGCAUGUACAUUCACGGGGGUGUGGUGAACAUCCACGAGAACAAGAGAACGGGCUCUCUGUUCAAGAUCUGGCUGACUGUGCCCAGCCUGCUGGAGCUGUGCUGGGAGAAGCUUCUCAAGGCCUUCCCCCAUCUGACUUCUCUUCCCACCUUUCACCUGUAUAACCUGGGCCUGACGGAGGAGCUCGUAGAACGCAUGAAAUAGGCAGAAAAAAAACUCCCAGCAGGACACUGGAUGAUGCCUGAUGUAGCCCUGCCUUAAAACCAAAAACAUUGGGAUGCCUUUUUUAUGUCCACUUCUUUUCUUUCUUUUUUUUUUUUUUCUAGAUAUGGCAUUGAGCGUAAAUAUUUUUGGGAUAUAUUUUAUGGAUUUUACUUGAAUCCCUGCGCCAUCACUGCAUCGUUCUAGCGUUUGGAUUCUGGGCAUCAUCUUUCAAACUGACAUAUUGCGAAAAAGUAAAAAAUACCAUGUGAAAAAAGAAAAUUUUACUCUAAUUUCUCCAAAAUUGCUACAGAUAUUUUAUAAAUGCAGAGCAAGAAUAUUAAUGGAUGUAUAUUUAUUUCAAGGACUUUGCUGGUGUCUUUCCCUUCAUCAUGAACUGAUGUUGCCAUUUGCACAUUUGUCCCAUGGUGUUAUUUGUCUUAUUUAAUUAACUCUUCACCGUUUAUUUCAGUCUAAAGAUGAAAUGCAUUGGUUUGGCUAUUUAACAAAGUUCCAUUGAUACCAUCUUGUUUUUGUCCUCUCACCAGAGGGGACGUUCUUUGCUGAGAGUUGUCAAAUAGAGUAACAGUCGUGCAUUUUGGCCUCCAAGUUUGCAAAAGAUGGCCAAAUAAGGAAACCUUUCCUCCUGCCUUGGAAAUGUCUUAGAUUUAUGGUUAAUUGCCUAAAACCUGUGGAGACAAUGGGUAUUCUUCAUCGCCAAGACCAUUUACAACUUGAUUUGUCCAUGUAUUUUUAUUUUUAUAGCAUAAUCAUGAAACAAACUUAAGGUUAAUUCCAAAAAGCAUCACUUUCUAGAUUUAAUUGUAAAAACCACUAUAUGUCACUGUGAAUUGGGUGCUCUAUGCUUUUAGUUCAAUGAUUGAUACUUUUACUUCCUCUUAUGUAUAAUGGCUUUGCACUGGGAUCUGCUUCAGUAGCAUAUUUGUUUAUCCUGCAGUGCCUUCUCCAAAGACUUAUUCCACAGAUGUAAGAUUUCUGCAUGAGCCCCUUUUAAAUAUUCCAGUUCAUGCAAUGUUUCAUUUUAAAAACGUGUCCCUUUCCCUUCUAAUAAGCCCACUAACUAAAUCCGCUGCAACAUGCUGUACUAAAAGAAUUGAGACAUUUUUUUUUUAAAGGUUUAUUCAAAUGAUGCCAAAUAUCUUUUGUCAUCUUUAAUUUUUGUUUGACCCGUGCCAGUGCAUGAAUUCUGCACUUAUUUUAAUUUCUACCCUGUGUUCCCAGAUUCUUUAAUGCAUGGUGCAUGUACCUGCUUUUUAAAUUAUCUUUACUUGUAAAGACAAAAUUGAAGGUUCACUAAUAUGUUGUACAGUCAAAUUUUAUGAACAUUGUCAGUUGUGAAUAAAGGUAUUGUCUAAAUAGUU